AUGGAGGAGCCCAGCACCAAGGGCCAGACAGGCCCCAGGGCGCCGCACCCCGAGGACAGUCCCGUGCUCACGGCGGAGGUGAGCCAAGCAGGACCCCUCACACAGACCCCUGUGAAGAGCCUGGAACUCACUGCAGAACAAGCUAAGGAAACAGAGAGACCUUCAAGCACAGAGCAGGGCACUCCUGAUGCCUUUAAAUCCAUGAUUCUGGAAGCAGACCAUCCAUGCUCGCCGCCCCUCGCGACGCCGACGAACCCCCUCUCUCCCCAAGCCUGUGGGUGUGAAAGGAACACCCCGUGCUCAGCCUCAGCCCCCGUGGACAUGGACUGCCUGGUCUGCUUCAACAAGUACAGCGUGCAUCGAGUGCCCAAGGUGCUGGCGUGCCAACACGCCUUCUGUGCCAUCUGCCUGAAGCUCAUCCUGCGCAGGGAGGAGGGCGCCUGGACCCUCACCUGCCCCCUCUGCAGGGCGGCCACGCCGGUGCCGGGAGGACUCAUCCGCACGCUGCAGGAUAAAGAAGAGAUCAUGGAGCACUUGGAAAAGCCCCCUCCCAACCCCGAGGGACACGUCCCUGCCCCGGGGCUGGAUGGCAACAGCUGGACUCGGAGCGGCCACGAUGUGUUGUGCAGAGAGGAGAACGUCCCUGCGGACAACAGGCUGGCUGUGCAGAGACUCGUGCUGCUCCUGCUGCUCGUGGUGAUCCUCACCAUCCUCAUCCUCCCGUUCGUGUACUCUGGGCUGGUAAAAUGGGUCAUCUGCCUCGUGCUCGUUCUGGGCUUGGUCAUGUCUAUGGUGCUUUGCUGCACUCCUAAACUCUACUGGAGGUGUAACAGGGACUCGCUCACCUCCUGCCACAAGGAGACUCACAUCACUGCUAUUGCCUGA